AUGCGAAAUGAGGCACAACGAACACUAUGGACUCUCACCGAAAGAAAAUGCUUACACCUACUUCAACCAAAAACCAAAACCUUCACAACACUCCUUCAAAUCCACGCUUUCAUUCUUCGACACUCUCUCCACAACAAUCUCAAUCUCCUCACCAAGUUCAUCUCAUCUUGCACUUCCCUCGCCUCUUCCACCUCUCGCAAAAACGACGCUGUUAAAAUAGUUCAACACGCUCGUCGUUUCUUCGACCACACUUCAACCCAUAACCGCGACGAGUUUCUCUGCAACACUAUUAUUAAUUCCCAUUUAUCCAUUCGUCAAUUUGACGAGUCUUUUACUCUCUACAGGGAGUUUUGUAGAGACGAUUUUUUUAUACAAAACACUUAUGCAUUUACUUCUGUUUUAAAGGGUUGUGCGGUUUGUAACCGUGUGAAGGAAGGUUUGGAGGUUCAUGGAGUUGUUUUGAAGAAUGGGUUUUGUUUUGAUUUGUAUGUGGGGACUAGUUUGAUUGAUAUGUAUGUGAAAUUUGGUGAUGUGGGUUGUGCGAGGAAGGUGUUUGAUGAAAUGUUUGUGAGGAGUUUGGUUUCAUGGACUGCGGUUAUUGUUGGGUAUUGUAGGGGUGGUGAUAUGAGUGAGGCGAGGAAGCUUUUUGAUGUUAUGCCGGAGAGAGAUGUUGCUGUUUUUAAUGUGUUGAUUGAUGGGUAUGUGAAGAUGGGGUGUAUGGAUUUGGCGAGGGAGUUGUUUGAUGAGAUGGGGGAUAGGAAUGUUAUUUCUUGGACUAGUAUGGUUCAUGGUUAUUGUGAGGAUGGGGAUGUUGAUUCUGCUAGGUUUUUGUUUGAUUGUAUGCCGGAGAAGAAUGUGAUGAGUUGGAAUGCGAUGAUUAGGGGGUAUUGUCGGAAUAGACGACCGCAUGAUGCGUUGAAGUUGUUUUGUGAAAUGAGGGGGAAUGUGGAUGUGGAAAUGAAUGAAGUGACUGUUGUGAGUGUUCUUCCUGCUGUUGCUGAUUUGAGUGCUUUGGAUUUGGGUGAUUGGGUUUAUGGGUUUGUAAAAAGGAAGCAGCUUGAUGGAUCUAUUCAUGUGUGUAAUGCGUUGGUUGAUAUGUAUGCAAAAUGUGGGGAAAUUGGAAAAGCGAAAUCGGUUUUUGAAGAGAUGGCGGAGAAAGAUACAGGUUCUUGGAAUGCUUUGAUAAACGGUUAUGGAGUUAAUGGAUGUGCAAAGGAGGCGUUGGAGGUGUUUGAUGUUAUGUUACGGGAAGGAUUUGAACCAAAUGAGAUAACUAUGACUACUGUGUUAUCUGCUUGCAACCAUUGUGGUUUGGUAGAGGAAGGAAGAAGAUGCUUCAAGGCAAUGGAGAGAUUUGGAAUUGGGCCUCAGAUUGAGCAUUAUGGUUGUAUGGUUGAUCUUCUAGGAAGGGCUGGAUGUUUGGAUGAGGCUGAAAGAUUGAUUCAGGCCAUGCCUUAUGAUGCUAAUGAGAUAAUAUUGACUUCAUUUCUGUUUGCUUGUUGUUACUUCGAAGAUGUUUCGAGGGCUGAAAGAGUGCUUAAAGAGGCGGUGAAAUUGGAGAAGGAAGGUGCUGGAGACUAUGUGAUGUUGAGAAAUCUGUAUGCUACAGAACGACGAUGGGCAGAUGUGGAGGAUGUUAAACAAAUGAUGAAGAAAAAAGGAUCAAAUAAAGAGGUUGCUUGGAGUGUUAUUGAGGUUGAUGGUAGAUUUAGAGAGUUUGUGGCAGGUUAUUACUUGCAUUCGCAUUCGCAUCUGGAAGCUAUUCAGUCAACAUUGGGACAGCUAUGGAAGCAUAUGAAAGUUGAAACAGUUUAUUGA